CGUGCAUCGUACCCCUCUGCACGACAUUUUAUAGCGCACUAUCAAAAAUCUGACGUUGGGCUGUCUAUUACGUACCUGUGCUGUAAGCAUAAAACUUGAACUACAUUGUGUGCUGCUUCAAAGAUAAACGAUUACUUCAUACUUUAUUCGAUGAACAAUUUGGCAUCUGAUAUUAAUCGAGCACGCGAUCUGACUGCUGAUUGAUAUCACCCUAGUCUGGACUCCAUCCUGUAUGCUUCAUCUGCACCGACCAGUCCAAAUUUUGGAUCAAGAUUUACACACAGUAUAUGCAACAAUACAAUCUGUAGCAUACGAUCUGUUAACUCUCGGAUUAAUUAUUAUACUGAGCUUAUAACACGAUCGCACGGGCCACCAUACCGACAUCGCACUCAGACUUAUCGGUGGAGCCUUUUGCGAUUAUUUCCAUAGUCGAUUACGUUCAGCGUAUCGUUUUAACAAUUUAAAGUGCACUUAGAAUUGUUUUUUUAGAAGACUAUCUUACACUUUCUUAGACCAUCAGCAGUCACCUUACGAACUCAAGAUGGGGAUGUACGAUCUACGUUACCUGUCGAACAAACAGGUGUACGUCUGUAAGAACUGUCAAACGCAUCUCUCCAGUCCCGACGAUAUCAUCUCCAAGUCCUUCCAGGGUGCCUAUGGACGCGCGUUCCUCUUCAACGCUGUUGUCAACCUGUGUGAGACUGGAGAGCCCGAGGAUCGCAAUAUGACUACUGGACGUCACACGGUCGUCGACGUUAUGUGCAAGAAGUGCGAGACUGUGCUAGGCUGGAAAUAUAAGAAAGCUCACGAAGCUUCCCAGAAGUACAAGGAAGGCAAGUACAUCCUGGAACAGAAUCUCAUCCAGACAGAACGGGAGGCGCUGGCGUUGCCCCUCUCUCCGUCAAAUUCACCCCCAUCUGAGCGAGCACGCCGCCAAAUUCCAACUCGAAGACGACCACAUGAUUUACUAACCACGACGAUAUAAGCGUGAAACAAGCUUGACGAAAAUCGCCCCGGACUAGUAUCGGGCAGCAUAGGUUGCGGUUAGAUUGCAAUGCCUGCGUACCAUUGUGUAUAUGUAGGUAUCCUUGUGCGACAAAAGACCUGUUCGUGUCAGACGGAAAACUGUCGACACGCUGGCCCCUUCAAUUGACUAUAAAAAAAAGCCCGAAGAUGCACUUGUGGAUUUGAUUUCAUGAACAAAAUUCACGAAUAAUACAACGCUUGGCUUUCGACCAAGACCGUUGUAUCGUACGCAUCAUGUAAAUAUAAUUCGAGAAUCAUUUAACACUGCU